AUGAAAAACAACCCUGACUUAGAGAAAGACUAUAUAUUUAAUAAUUUAGUCAAAAGAGACAAACAAGAAAGAAUGCCGGGCUUCAAACUUCAGAAAGGUGACAAAGUAAAAAUAGAAAUACCUAAACGCGACCCAUAUGAAAAUACUAUUGACUAUGACAACAAUGGGAACUCGACAGGUACUCACAUUCGUGUUCGUAAAAAUAGAAGAAAGUAUACAAGAGAAUAUUAUGAAGUUUUAGGCAAACAUGGCAAAAUGUACAGACUGCAAGCAGAAGAUAAAACUACUAUUGUCAGACCUCGUUUCAAACUUGUCAAAGUUCAAGGUGGUAUACUUUCAAAGACAGUUCCUAACAAAUAUAAGACAACUCCUGACGAAUAUGCUAAAGAAGUUGAAAAUGACGACUAA